ACAAGAGAAGCACUUCUGAAAAUCUUAGAUGACAUUACAGAAGAUGACUUCUUCAAUUUCAUACUGUUUGGUAGUGGAGUGCAUACCUGGAAAGAAACAUUAAUCAAGGCCACUCCUGAGAAUUUGGAUGAAGCAAGGAAGUUUGUUCGGGGCAUUGACACUGAAGGCAUGACAAAUUUACAUGGUGGUAUAAUGAGGGGAAUUGAUAUGCUAAAUGCUGCUCAUGAAGGAAACCUUGUGCCUAAGAGAAGUGCUUCUAUAAUUAUCAUGUUAACAGACGGCCAACCCAACGUAGGCAUAUCAAACACUCAGGACAUUCAGGCACAUGUGAAAAAAGCCAUUGAAGGAAAAUAUCCCUUAUACAACCUUGGGUUUGGCUAUGGUGUUGACUACAACUUCUUGGAAAAGAUGGCACUGGAGAAUAAAGGAUUGGCCCGGCGGAUUUAUCCUGACUCUGAUGCGGCUUUACAGCUUCAGGGGUUUUAUGAUGAGGUGUCGAAUCCCAUGCUCAUGGAUGUGGAGUUAAACUACCCAGAAAAUGAAAUAUCAGACCUAACUAAAAACAGUUUUAAGCAUUUCUAUGAUGGGUCUGAGAUCGUGGUGGCUGGGCGCUUUACAGACAACAGCCAGAACAGUUUGACUGUAGACGUGCGAGGUGAAGGCGCCAAUGACGCCCUGUCGUAUACUACACAACAAGAUGCUGAGCAAACAGAUAAAGCUUUCCAAGGACAGGAAUACAUAUUUGGAGAUUACAUCGAAAGGCUCUGGGCUUAUCUCACCAUUGAACAACUCCUGGAAAAACGUAUUGCAGCUACAGGAGAAGAAAAGGAGAAUCUUACAGCUGAAGUGGUGGACCUCUCACUGAAAUACAAGUUUGUAACGCCACUGACAUCCAUGGUGGUAACAAAGCCAGAAGACCUUAACAAUCAGGAUGGGAUUGCUGAUAAGCCCAUUGAAG